AGCCCCAAAUUGUGGGGCAUACCUUGCUCAGACCUCUAUCCCGUGUCGCGAGGUUAGGGGCGGGGUCAGGCGCUACACAAUCAAAGGGCCACCACUCGAUCGAUACGUUUGUAAGGGGAGGUAACUGGAGGGUGAACACGUUUAAGUUUGGUGCAUUCUUGUGAUUGUGUUGACAUUUCGGGCUGGAAGAUUUUGGUGCGUGGAGCUGCAGACUGUAGUUCCCAGCAUGCUGGCGGUUGUGCGGUAAUGCCCCGUUGUCCGGCAUGAGAUCUGACCACUGACUGACCAGUGAGACAUGAACCCAGCCCGGGGGCCACCCUACGGCUUCCAGUAUGACGACGAGCUCCGGGUGCGGCUGGAGAAGCUCUCUCGGACGUACGACCUGGCCACCAUGAAGAUCUUCAUGGCCGUGGAGUCGAUGGGCGACAACAACCUGUACAGCACGUACGCACCAGUCUGGCACCACGACCAGAAGUUGCACCGUCAGCUGGACCAGCUGGCCGGACCGUACGACGCCGACACCCUCAAGACGUACAUGACCACCCUGGCUCUAGGCGAGGACAACGUUUACAGCAUCUACGAGCCGGCACUGGAACGCAAGGACUACUGGGAAAGUUUUCUACUGAGGCGGGAGGCGUGUCGAGUGGACGUGACCCGCUACGAUAAAACCCGAGAGCAGUACCAGCACUUCCUGACGCAGGUGCCGAGGGAGGUCCAGGGCCAGCAGUUCUUCCACGCCAUGAUCUCCCUGCUCAGGUCUAAGGGCGCCGUGGACAUGGCCAAACACCCCACUGACAGGCACCACGGCGACCUGGAGGCGACGUUUUGUGGACAUCUGUGCAAGCUGUUUGACCAGAAGAUUGAAGCUUGGUUUGACUCGUUUGAGGCCGUCAAUGUCAGGCUGACCUCGCAUGUCAAGGUCUCUAACCUGGUCCGCGUGCUCAACGGUCAGGUUGACCUCUUGUGCCGCAAGGAUGGGGUGCUGUUUGCCGUUAAUAUCAAGGUCACGGGCAUGCCCACGCCCCGCCCCAUGGACGUGAACGAGCUGUGUCUGGUCAAGGCCAUGGUCAUACAGAACGGCCUGGCUGACCCCGACGCCAUGGGCUGCUGCCUCCUCGUCUGCCACCUGGCAGAAGACCGUCCGGUUCUCCGGCUCUGGGAGUACCGGCCGACCCGCGCCAUGGACACGGCCAUCAAGGAAGCAGACGUGGACCACAUGAUCGAGGCCGGCAAACAGUCUCAGAUGCACGAACUCUGGUCGGAGAACGUCUGCCCGCCUGGGAUCGCUAGUCUGACGGCCCGGCUCCCAGCGUACAACGGCGCGGCCAUCCCCAGGAACAUGGUGGCCAAAAGCUCACACCCACAGCAGGUUGUUGGCAACCUGAACAACCAGGGCCACCCGACCAACCCGGGCCCAGCCUACAACCAGGGCCACCCCACCAACCAGGGCCCAGCCUACAACCCGGGCCAAAACAACAACCCGGGCCAAAACAACAACCCGGGCCAAAACAACAACCCGGGCCACCCCACCAACCCGGGCCAACCCUACAACCAGGGCCACCCCACCAACCCGGGCCAACCCUACAACCAGGGCCACCCCUACAACCAGGGCCACCCCAACAACCCGGGCCAACCCAACCAGCAAGGGACCAGUAGAAAGACACCAUCACUAGUCGAGUCCAUGUGACGAAAGGCACACGAUAUUUGUUGACAACACGAGGCACAAGACAGUUGUUGACAUCACAAGGAUCAAGACAGUUGUUGACAGCACAAGGCACAAGACAGUUGUUGACAACACGAGACACAAGACAGUUGUUGACAACACAAGGCUCCAUGCAUGCCGUAUUCUCCCCUAGGCUGAUCACAUCAGCUCUUAGACGGGCUGUGGCCGCCAUGAAAUGAUUUCUAUCGCCUUAUUAUUUUUUUUCUUUCAUGCUAUUCAACUCAUUUCACUUUUAUUGCGACAGUGGACAAGACGCUUUACUGACCUUGACCUACCAUGACCUAUCAUGACCUACCAUGACCUACCAUGACCUACUAUGACCUACUAUGACCUACCAUGACCUACCAUGACCAACCAUGACCUACCAUGACCUACCAUGACCUACCAUGACCUACCUUGACCUACCUUGACAUACCAUGACCUACCUUGACCUACCUUGACCUACCAUGACCUACCAUAAUCUGUCGGUCUGUAUGGAAUGAGGGGACCAAACCUGUAGCACAACCAAUUACAAUAUUCGACUCUCAUUGUUAAAAUAUGAAAAUAUAUAUUAUGUUAUAUGCUGUAUGUAUGUAUGUGAAAAGAACAAUGUUACAUCUUUUUAAUCUUGACCAUAAUUCUAUAUCUGGGACAGUUCAAUACUCACUGUAUUUAUAUUAUGUAGCUUUCAAGUAAUAAAUUCUUUU